UAAUUUAUUAAUGAUCAAAAGAUUAUCAAAGCAGAUAUUGAAAAUGCCUUAAUUGUAUUUGACAACAAGAAUGAUUGCUCCAUUUUCUUAGCAUAAUCACAAUCAUUCUCACGAUCAUGAUCAUAAUCAUAAUCAUGAUCAUUCUCAUCCAGAUUUCUAACCAUAAUAAAAGGCCUAGCCAUAAUUCACACAAGAAUAGAUUUAAUAGAAACAUAAGGAAAUUGAUAAUGUAAAAUUCAUAUAUAUAUCAUUCACAGAUCAUAAAGUCUAAUCAAGUGGUGUUAUUUAUGAAGGGAACACCUGCCCAACCAAUGUGUGGAUAUUCAAAUUACGCUGUUUAGGUUCUGUAAUUCUACAAAGUCCAAAAUUAUCACUCUGUUGAUGUUCUUUCAGAUCCUUUGAUGAGAGAAGAAAUCAAGAAAUAUUCAAACUGGCCCACCUUCCCACAAUUGGUAUUACUUUAUUAUUAUUAUAAAAGUAUGUCAAACAAGAGUUAGUUGGCGGAUGCGACAUCAUGAUGGAAAUGCACAAGGAAGGCACAUUAAAGGAAUUAUUUAAUAAAAUAUGA